CAGCCUCCCGCCCGCGCACAACUCCUCUCUGCUCUGCACCAGAAAGGAGUAGUCUUAUUUCUCCCUCUCUUUCACAUCCUUGCUCUCUCUCUAUCAGUUAGUGUGUGUACUCAGAAUGAGGUUAGCAGCACCGGUAGCACCAGCAGCAGCACUAGAUAGAGACAGCAGAGGCACAGUUACUGCAGCAGCCAGGAGAGGCUGUCCUUCAGUCGUGCAACAUCUACCGCUGCAUUCACCCUUGUCCUGAGAACGCAACGCUCAUUCCUGUGCUCUCUUUUUUUGUCUCUCCCUGCUCCUCCUUCACCAUCCUCUCUGAAUUCAUCUAAUGAAUUCAUUCCCCUCUCUCUCUAUCUCUCUUUCUCUGUAGCAGUGAUGGGGAAGACCACCAUGUAGAGACAGAGAGGCAGCGGAGGCAAGAGCAGAAUAGCAGUAAUGGGAAGCCACACAUGGAGUGGGUCUGGACUGCAGCCGUGGUGAGCCUGAGACCAACAGGACUUGAAACCACCAUCAUUGCCCUUCUCAGGACCUAACCACUGGGGCUGUCCAACGCUUACCUGGAUGCUCCCCACUUGUGAUUUGAUAUCCCCUCUUUCCCCCAUGCUCUGUUGCUCUCGUUCCUCCUCCUCUGUUUCUUCUCUUGGGUAAUUUUUGGUCUGCUGAAAUCUGUUUCUCCUGAAACAGAAGCUAUUCAUCAAUUUAUCCCCUUGGAUUUUUUUCCCUUUUUAAUCUCUUUAAUUGCAUACUUUACCCACAAGAAGUAUUCUUUAUAACCCUUUUAACUCAUUGUUGCCUGCUUGAAACCAAUUAAGGAUUUUUUUAUUUAUUUUUAUUUUUUGGAUGAGACUGACCUCUAUUGUGCAAGCUUUUUGUUCUAGAAGCAAUAACAAAGACUAAUCUAACUGACCUGACUAGCUGACAUCAUGGGGGACAUGUCCAACAGCGAUUUUUAUGCCAAGAACCAAAGAAACGAGGGCAACCAUGCAGCAGGCUUCGGCUGCUCGCUCAUGGAUCUGCGCUCGUUGAUGGAGCUGCGUGGCACAGAGGCGGUGGUCAAGCUCCAAGAGGACUACGGGGGAGUAGAGGGACUGUGCAAACGACUGAAAACCUCACCCACUGAAGGUCUUGCAGAUGUUCAAACUGACCUGGACAAGAGAAAAGAAAUAUUUGGAAGAAACCUGAUACCUCCAAAAAAGCCAAAAACCUUCCUACAGCUGGUAUGGGAGGCCCUGCAAGACGUCACCCUCAUCAUCCUGGAGAUUGCUGCCCUCAUCUCUUUGGGCCUCUCCUUCUACCAUCCUCCUGGAGAGAGCGGCGGAGAGUCGUGUGCUACGGCAGCAGGCGGAGUGGAAGAUGAAGGUGAGGCAGAUGCUGGCUGGAUUGAAGGUGCUGCCAUCCUAUUGUCUGUGGUGUGUGUGGUGCUGGUGACAGCCUUCAACGACUGGUCGAAGGAGAAGCAGUUCCGGGGGCUGCAGAGCCGCAUCGAGCAGGAACAGAAAUUCCAGGUGGUCCGCGGUAGCCAGGUCAUACAGCUGCCUGUGGCGGAUAUAGUAGUAGGAGACAUCGCACAGGUCAAAUACGGUGAUCUGCUUCCUGCUGAUGGAGUGUUGAUCCAGGGUAACGACCUGAAGAUUGAUGAGUCAUCACUGACUGGAGAGUCUGACCACGUCAAGAAGUGUGCAGACAAAGACCCCAUGCUGUUGUCUGGAACCCAUGUGAUGGAGGGGUCAGGGCGUAUGGUGGUGACUGCUGUUGGUGUCAACUCUCAGACUGGAAUCAUCUUCACUCUACUGGGGGCUGGUGUAGAGGAAGAGGAAAAGAAAGAAAAGAAAGGAGGGGCUGUGGAGGAUGGACACCAAAACACAGAUUGCUCCCAUCCCCCUAUCCACCCCAUUGCAACUAUAGCCACGGAUGGGGCUGCAGGCAUUAAUGCCCCUGGCAGUGCCAGCCUAAUUAAUGGUAAAAUGCAAGAUGGCAAUAUGGAGAGCAACCAGAUUAAAGUGAAGAAGCAGGAUGGAGCAGCUGCCAUGGAAAUGCAGCCUCUGAAGAGUGCUGAAGGUGGAGAGGCCGAUGAGAAGGAGAGGAAGAAAGUGUCAGCUCCAAAGAAAGAGAAGUCUGUGCUGCAAGGGAAGCUGACCAAACUGGCUGUCCAGAUUGGCAAAGCAGGUUUGCUCAUGUCGGCCAUUACAGUCAUCAUCCUGGUCCUGUAUUUUGCCAUUGACAACUUUGUGAUGAAGAAGCACCCUUGGAUGCCAGAGUGUACUCCUAUCUACAUCCAGUACUUUGUCAAGUUCUUCAUCAUUGGUGUGACUGUGUUGGUAGUGGCUGUGCCAGAGGGGCUGCCGCUCGCUGUAACCAUCUCCCUGGCAUACUCUGUCAAGAAAAUGAUGAAAGACAACAACCUUGUGCGUCACCUGGAUGCAUGUGAGACAAUGGGCAAUGCCACAGCCAUCUGCUCUGACAAGACAGGCACGCUAACCACCAACCGCAUGACAGCAGUGCAGUGUUACGUCGGAGAUGUGCACUACAAAGAAAUUCCAGAUCCUACAGUACUACCACCCAAAUCACUGGACUUGCUGAUCAAUGCUAUCUCUAUCAACAGUGCAUAUACUACAAAGAUACUGCCUCCAGAUAAAGAAGGUGGGCUACCGAAACAGGUGGGCAACAAGACUGAGUGCGGCCUGCUGGGAUUGGUUAUAGACCUGAAACGGGAUUACCAGCCAAUAAGAAACCAGAUGCCUGAGGAGAAGCUUUACAAAGUCUACACCUUCAACUCCGUCAGGAAAUCCAUGAGUACUGUCAUCAAACUUCCUGAUGGGAGCUUCCGUAUGUACAGCAAGGGAGCCUCUGAGAUUGUACUCAAAAAAUGCAGCCACAUACUGAAUGAAGUGGGUGAGUCAAGGGUAUUCCGUCCACGAGACAAGGACGAGAUGGUGAAGAAGGUGAUUGAGCCCAUGGCUUGUGAUGGUCUGAGGACCAUCUGUGUGGGGUACCGUGACUUUCCCAGUAAUCCUGAGCCCAACUGGGAUGAUGAGAACAACAUCCUCAAUGACCUCACAGCCAUCUGUGUUGUUGGAAUAGAGGAUCCUGUGAGACCAGAGGUGCCUGAUGCCAUUCAGAAGUGCCAGCGUGCAGGCAUCACAGUGCGCAUGGUGACAGGAGACAAUAUCAACACGGCCAGGGCCAUAGCCGUUAAGUGUGGCAUCAUCCGUCCAGGAGAGGAUUUCCUCUGCAUUGAUGGCAAAGAAUUCAACAGGAGGAUCCGCAAUGAGAAAGGAGAGGUCGAACAGGAGCGUAUUGAUAAGGUAUGGCCUAAACUCAGAGUCCUGGCCAGAUCAUCCCCAACUGACAAACACACACUUGUCAAAGGCAUUAUUGACAGCACUAUGGCAGACCAGAGGCAGGUGGUGGCAGUGACAGGAGAUGGCACCAAUGAUGGACCUGCUCUAAAGAAAGCAGAUGUCGGGUUUGCCAUGGGCAUAGCUGGUACGGAUGUGGCCAAGGAGGCGUCAGAUAUCAUUCUUACUGAUGACAACUUCAGCAGCAUUGUGAAAGCAGUUAUGUGGGGCCGAAACGUCUACGACAGUAUAUCCAAAUUUCUUCAGUUCCAGCUUACUGUCAAUGUUGUAGCUGUCAUAGUGGCUUUCACUGGAGCCUGCAUCACACAGGACUCACCGCUAAAAGCAGUGCAGAUGUUGUGGGUGAAUCUGAUCAUGGAUACCUUUGCGUCUCUGGCCCUGGCGACAGAACCUCCAACAGAGUCACUGCUGAAGAGGAAGCCGUAUGGUCGCAAUAAGCCUCUUAUUUCCAGCACUAUGACAAAGAACAUCUUAGGACAUGGAGUCUAUCAGCUAAUCAUCAUCUUCACACUUCUAUUUGUUGGUGAGCAAAUAUUUGACAUUGACAGUGGCCGCAAUGCUCCUCUUCACUCUCCUCCAUCUGAGCACUACACCAUCAUCUUCAACACCUUCGUCAUGAUGCAGCUGUUUAAUGAGAUAAAUGCCCGUAAAAUACAUGGAGAGAGGAAUGUCUUUGAUGGUAUUUUCAGGAACCCUAUCUUCUGUUCCAUUGUUUUUGGAACAUUUGCUGUACAGAUUGUGAUUGUGCAGUUUGGAGGGAAGCCUUUCAGCUGUCAACCUCUGAACCUGGAAAAGUGGAUGUGGUGUGUUUUCCUUGGGCUGGGAGAGCUUGUCUGGGGACAGGUAAUAGCCACUAUACCAAACAGCAGGCUGCGCUUCCUGCGGAGGGCGGGACAAUUAACUCAGAAAGACGAGUUACCCGAAGAGGAUGUAAAUGAAGAAAAUGAGGAGAUCGACCAUGCAGAAAGGGAGCUGAGAAGGGGGCAAAUCCUGUGGUUCAGAGGGCUCAACCGUAUCCAGACUCAGAUUGAAGUAGUCAACACCUUCAAGAGCGGCACCUCCUUUCAGGGGGCAGGGGCUCUGAGACGCCAGUCAUCCACCACCAGCCAGACCCAGGAUAUCCGAGUUGUGAAUGCAUUCCGUAGCUCCCUCUAUGAAGGCUUGGAAAAACCAGACUCCAGAACGUCAAUCCACAACUUCAUGACACACCCCGAGUUUAGGAUAGAGGACUCCACACCCAACAUCCCCCUCAUUGAUGACACAGACGAUGAUUCUGCCCGGAGGAGGAGGAAGUAUUCCAGCCAGCCCUCGUCUCCUAACAAGAACAACAACGCCAUUGACAGUGGGAUCAAUCUCACCAUCGACAUCAGUAAAUCCGCCGCUUCCUCCAGCCCCGCCAGCCCUCUGCACAGCUUGGAGACCAGCCUCUAACCCCGAUACUAAUCUCAGCUCUAACCUCGCAGUUCAGUGGCACCUCGGCAAGUUCCUCCAGACUUUUACCGUUCCUGAAACCUUGUCUGCCCAAAAUUUUACCCAGUUUUCACUUCAGUCCUUUUCCCUCACCCUGGAGCAUAAUUUACCAUCAACACAGGGCCGGUCCUGUAAAAAAAGACAAAAAAAAAAAAAAAGAACAAAGCCCAUCUCCAUUUCGUGAGCCCAUGAAGCUCUUGUCUCCUUUCAAAUUGGAGCGAUUAUUAGUGUAAUGGCAAGCAUAAAAUAAAAAACAAAACAACAUACAAUCAAAAAAGCGCAACAAAACCUACACAGCCAUCCUGCUUUUGUGGUUGUAUGUGUAUGGUGCCAGCCAUGGUGGUGUGUAUGGCUAUACGCUUGUACUGGUUAGCAUGUACUGUAUAAGCGAUCGGCUGAUGUAUGAACUGUCUGCAGUGGCACCAGGAGGAGGACGAUGAGGAGGGAGACUACUGACGAAUAUAAACCGCAAAACAGGACCGACUUUAAACUCCUUAAACUCCUUCCCUUCAACAAUAACAUUGUUAAUACAGUAAUAGUUUAAAUUAAAUUGAAAACUGUUAUUAUUCUGAUUCUGAUUAUUAUUGUUAUUAUUCUUAUUGCUCCUGCAUGAAUGUACAUUACCCAAGUUUUAUUUAAAAGGGUUAUAAUUUUAUUGGAGUUCUUUGGUUCUGAUGGGCUGGGCCUCACAGUGGACUGCAUAUUUAAAGACAGUUUUUCUGAGUUCCUGGCCUGCAAAGGCCUCCUCUUUUGUGUGGCAUGAACAUGUUCCAGACUGUAAAAAUUUAUUUCAUCCAUAAACAGAAAUGUGUAUUGAGGUGGUAGGGCUCAACUUGCACAGUAGUUUUGCACCUGUUGAAAAAGAGGAAAGCAAAAUAAUAAUAAUUAUAACGAUAAUAAUAAUAAUGAUAGCAUUUAUGGGAUAUAUUCUAUACAUAUAAAUUCAUAAAAUUAUAUUUAGAGAGAUUUUAUCUUUGUUGGUUGGCAUGUUGCCUUGUUCCUGCUUCAAUGGCUCGAAUUACUUUGACUUAUUUAUGUCUUAAAAAGAAUGUAAUUGUUUACAACCUUGUAGAGAUAAACUUCCAGGUUUCUAAAAGGAGGCAGGUGAAGUUGGAGCUCAGAGUUCUGUGGUGUGUUAUUACUGAAAAACCAUGUGCUGGAAUUUGCCUGCUAUAUUGUCAAAUAAUGUAGAUAUUUUUAGAGGAUUAACAUCAAAAAGAAACCAAAAUAUAAUGGAAUGAAUAGUACAUGUGGAAUCUUAGUAUUACUCUAUAUGAUUGUUGGGAUCAAGUAGGAGCAGCUUGCCUUUGGUUUUUCUAACGGAGGCCUCCUUUUUGUGGGCCUCCUGUUUUCCGACUACUUCUUGUUUUUGUUUUUUUUGUUUGUUUUUUAAUUAUAUUCAGAUAUUGCUGUGCUUACACUCUGAUCUGGGGUCAGAGCUUGAGUGAAAGGCUGAUAACAGGACAUUUUUAUUCAACUUUCGUCCAAAUUAACCUGCUUGUUCAAAGACUUGUUUUAAAGAUAUGCGUGACCAUCGAAAGGCUACAAUUGAGUCAUAUUGGAAACUUGCAAAGUUUUGGUUGGCUUACCCGCAUGCAAGAAAAUAAGACAUUUUUUCAUUAACACUUGGAAUAUAUUAUGCUGUUUAUUUAUUUUAUUUUAUUUAUUUUUUUUGCUUCAUUUCAAUUUAUUUUGUUUUUUCCUUUAACGAGAGAGAGAGAGAGAAAGAAAGAGAGAGUGCGCCCCACAACACUGGUGGAAUUUUUAACAUCCCCC